GAGAUUCGAGAUUCGAGAUUCGAGAUUCGAGAUUCGAGCGGAGUGUGAGAGCGGAUCGGCAUUGUAGAGAGAUGUAUUUGCAACGAUGAAAGUAUGGCGAGUACUCCACAGUACGUAUGUAUGUGUGUCCCGAUGAUAUACAUAACCUUGUCAUUGUCAUUGUUACUGUCAUUGCCAUUGUACCAGACUCGGGCGUUCAAUAUAUAAAAAAAAGUGAGGCAAUUCAAGAGAAAAGAGGGAAAAGAAAAGAUCACAAUAAGAGACAACCAGUGGGGAAGGAGGAGAACAGCGAAGAGGAUCCAAGUUCGUCAUUCCAAAACAAAAACUCCCCAUCGUAUCGUGUUCCUGAAAUUCCGGGUGUUGUCAUCCACCUACUCCAUACCUACCUACACCUACCUAUACCGACCUAGUCAGUCCUGUUUCCCUAUGCCACCUCAUAUAUAUUUCUGGGGGAAAAUACAACUCAAACGCAAACUCAAACUCAACCACAUCCAUAUCCAUAUCCACAUCCACCUGUCCUGUCCUGUCCUGUCCAUUCAGAUCCAUACCAAUCCAUACCAAUCCAGACUCGUAUCCACUCAUCCACUCACUCACACACUGCAUUGAUGCAUGUGCAUCAUACACACAGCAAAUAAUGAGACGGUAUUUUAUCUUCUUGUUUUCCCACGUUCCUUCAAUUUGAAUUGAUCAAAAAAAAGUGUACAGCCUUCUUUUUCUCUCUUUGCAUUGCAUCGCAUCGCAUCUUUUUAUCCCUUUUCUAUUCUGAAAGUAUACAUCCCUAUCGAUCUCUACAAUUCUUUUGGGCGCAUGAUAUGUGAUACGAAUAAGGCAGGGGCGCAAUUCAACAGGUUGAUCUUAUUCACGACCUCGUCAAGAAAGUUCCAAUAAAUAUCGACGUCAAUAUCUCCGAAUAGAAUACUUUUCUUCGCCUCUCCUGCUUUGCUUGCAUGCUUCGUUGAAUUUAAUGAUACCCUUUCUUCUCAAGACAUUGAGAAAGCAUCGUCUGUCUUCUCUUCUUCUUUUUACCGGAUAGCUGCUUGCUACACUGCACAAUCAAUUCUACUCCGUACAGUCAUCUUACCAGCCUACCGAAUCAUUGAUGUGACCUUGUUGAAAAUCUUCUACUGUUAUCCUUCUAGGGUGUUACUUCUUUUCCGCAGACGUAGGAAUCGAUUCUCUUUGCACAACACUUCAAUUCGAGUGUACUGACGUGUAUCCCAGUUUAUGGGAAAAUACUGGCUCAAAUUUGCGAGAAGGAUGAUGGCACAAACGGAGCCAGGUUCGCCGGAAUCGAACGAUCAUAAAAUAUCUUGGUUUCGGAAGCUCAUAUUUCCCAAGAAGGGUGAAAAUCACACACCGCCGAGUUCUCCACCGAAUGAAGCUCGACCGCCAGGAUUGGGUCGUCGACUUUCGAGAAGGGUUGUCCCUGGGCUUCCAAGAGCGGGCACCUUUAAAAGACAACAAUCCGAGCUGAGAGAUAGAUUAGAGCCAGUCAAGCCAAAUCAUGAUGAACGGCGGACAGCUUCAGUCGAUCGUCGACUUAAUAACUCGCAUCGUUCGUCAUCAGCUGCUAUAAAUCGUGGACCAAGAACCAGCGCGCCUGAAUUUUUAGAAAGAGUGGAAACGAUCGAUAAGACAUUUGACAAUGUAUCUGUGCGACCACCUACAGCAACGACAAAUGAACAUGAGAACGAAUCUCAAGAGUAUGUGGAUGUUUCAAAAGAGGAGAAGCAGGGCUCACAUAUCGAAGAGCAAUCAAUAUCCACAGAUACAUUCGAUGAAACAAUACUUGAGGAGCUGGAAAAGAAAUGGAUUUUGAAUCUGAGCAUGCAUUUUCGAGAUAAAUCUAAGAGAGAGAAGUUCUUUGUUACUUACGCAGAAUCACCAACACAUUGGCGGAGAGUUACAAUUUCCCUGGAUUAUAGAAAUGCGCCGAGUAAUUCAUUGGAGGAGGAACUACAAAGGACAAGGUUCCAAAGAGACAAAAGUGCCCGCAUAUAUGAGGCGAUCCGGGAAUCACUCCAGGACAUACAAUUUUACGAUACUGUGACAAAUCUCAAGUUAGAAACACAGGAUGAACGGCUUCACGUUCAUGUUGUGGAAGAUCUCUCCGAAGUUAUUAAUUUUCCUCCUAUAAAGGCUCUUGAUCACCUUCCGUGUCGCAGAUUUCUAGAAGCGGAGCUUGAAUUUGAUUCUCAUCUAUCUGGGUUCGUCUACAAAGUUACCGUGGCCGGCCAAGUUUUUAUCAAAAAGGAAAUUCCAGGACCAGAUCAAGUGGACGAAUUUUUGUAUGAGAUUAAUGCCCUUCAUCAACUUUCUGGGUCUCAUAGUGUUAUUCAGUUUGGUGGCGUGGUACUUGAUAAUGAAGCAAAAUGCGUAAAAGGACUUCUUAUUAGCUUCGCUGAACAGGGUGCAUUAAUUGAUGUUAUUUAUGAUGGCGAUAAUGGGAUUCCUUGGGCACGACGGGAACGUUGGGCCAAACAGAUUGUUCAUGGGCUUUCCGAGAUUCACGAGGCGGGUUUUGUUCAAGGAGAUUUCACACUAUCGAAUAUUGUUAUAGACGGGGAUGAUAAUGCGAAAAUAAUCGAUAUCAACCGAAGAGGAUGCCCAGUUGGAUGGGAACCUCCGGAAGUUGCUGAGUUAAUAGCAAGCAACCAGAGGAUUUCGAUGUAUAUAGGCGUCAAAUCCGAUUUGUAUCAACUUGGGAUGGUUCUCUACGCCUUGGCUACUCAACAUGAUGAGCCGGAGACUCAGAGACCGUUGAAACUAUCGGAUUUCCCUCCUGAUGUGCCGAAAUAUUUCCGGGAAGUUUGUGGUCGUUGUCUUAGCGAUGAUCCACGAAAUCGAUCACAAGCUGCUGCUCUGCUGGACAUUUUUCCAGAUAUUGAUGAGUAUCAUGGUGCAUAUGAUGGUCAAUCACCAACUCCAAUUGUGAUUGAUGUUAGGCAUGCCGAUGAAGGGGAGCUUUUGGUCACUGUUCAUGAUAAUAACGAUAGGCGAGAUAGCAUUUCUGAUAUACAUGACUACGAUGUACCAGAAAGGGGCCGGUCACGAUCUAAACCUUAUUCACCACCAUUCAUCUCAUCCAGAUCACCAGAUGCGGCAUUUACAUACUUAAAUACACAGGAUAUCAGGCCAUCGCAAAUCCAAUUACCCUCAUCCACUUCCGGUUCUGAUUAUACGCAUGAUCCAAUCGAUCGACAAUAUAAUUACCAAAACACAUCAACCAUAGAAAAUUCAACCUUAGAAACUCGACAGGAACAAAAUUCAGAACGCCCUUCAUAUUCAGAAAAUGAUAAAACAGAUAUUCAACCCAAUUCAACGACAGAACCGCGAACCACAGUAGCGACAAAUAAUAUAUCAAUGGCAUUUGCGGGGGAUUUAGCACACAUUGGAACAGGUGUUGAUAGUGCACAUAUGGGAACACUUUUUGGGGCGGUCAAUUUAGAUGAUGAUGAUUUAACGAUAGAUAAUGAUGGGAAUGGCGUUUUGUUUAUGACGUCGGAAGAAAAGAUGGCAGUUUCAUAGCUAGCAUAAGGAUGGAGUGAGACCUCGGGAGGCAAAUAUGCUUUGGAUAAAUCUUUUUGAGCAGCUGGCAUAAUGAACUUUUUCCCUUCGAAUGGAUUGCAUGUGCUAUUUUGGGAUCAAAAGCUUUUGGGUGGUGGAUGGGAAUAGGUAUUCUGUUUCGGAAAUGCACGAUGUCCGGAAUGUGAAGGGGACUGCAACGGGCUAGAUUCGACCAAUUCGAUGAAGGAUGAGGUCACUAUCGAACCUGAAACCCUUUCGUCUUUCUUUUUAACAUGGUUAAUGUAGCCGCCUUCCGCAAUAUCAAUCUCGAUACCUAUGUCUAUAUUUCUUUCCUCCAAAUUGUCCACAAUACCUUCGGGUCCGUGAUCGGCUACGGAGGGCUCCGCCCAACAAGCUAACGUGGCUAGCAUGAAGAUCAUUGGAUUUCUAUUGGAUUUCUUGACCCCAGUCGUAAUCCGACGGA